AAGGAAACCUCGUCCCUUCUUACAGCUUGGCAAUUCCGAGACGACAUAUUGGAACAAUCUCUUUACUGAGAAGCUCUCAUAAGCUAUGCCACCACGACGACGUAGAGGUCCCACUUGGGGUCUCUUAGAUCCAGGAGCGAUACUCAACGGCUCUGAAGCGCCUAAACUUCUCGGUCGCAUCGUGGUAGAUUUAGACUUUCCACUGUCCGGCUAUGUUCCGGAGAACCCCAAAGAGAUUCUGGGCGCGUUCGAGGAGCCAAUGGAAGUCACCAGCUGCGAUGUUCAACAGCAAAUUUCUGCAUCGACCUCAACUCAGGUGCAGGCCCGGAUAACUCAACUUUUUGGUAUCGAGGCAGCGAAGCAGCAACAAGCCGGGAGGCAGGUCGGGGCGCAUACGGUUAUCACUCGACUCCUAAGGCAACAUUACGAUUACUACGACACACUCAUAGCCAAGCAUCGUAGUGACGUUGUUGCUUUGCUAGAGAGACAAGCCAAUAAACGUGGAUACAUGAUCACUGGCAUCAAGAGCUGUGUGGACGCAGAGAUCGAGGCUUCCGCUGGAUCCGGUACAACAACAGGUCUGACCAUGGAGGUUCCCGUGCAGCAAGCGAUAGCUGCCUUUGGCGCCGCAAAUACACUCGGAGACAUGGCCAAUCCUACCGUUACAGUCAACAUCCAGAAUAUGCAUAGCGUUUUGUCACGCUUCGUGGCCAAGGGCGAGCGGAUAUUCUCACUCCAGGUCAGGGAAGUGAGAUACCAAGGUUUUAUCCACAAGGAGCCUCGCAUGAGAGAAAUCAGUCAAUUCAACCCUGACCGAGCUAUGUUCGGAGACCGUAAAGCGAAGGUACCUCUGUACGAGCGAGCACAAUCAAGUCAAAGUGAAGAAAAUGGCGCAGCAGGCAUACUUGAGAAAGAAGCGUUACCUUCCAGUGUCGCUGUGAUUGAGAUGUCUGAUGGUGUUCCAACAAAGUCAAUCGAAGAGACAACAGGCCAGGAGGAAGUCUUGGAGUUGACAGAUGGCAGUAAGGCAGAUGCAGAAAUGACAUUGUUUGCAGAGCUAGCUUUUUAAGGACGUGUCAAAAGUCAUUUACUAGCGUUUAGGUUGCGAAUAUAUCAUGGAUUGUGUUCGACCCUUGCCCUGUAUACAAUCAACUUAUAGACGCCUGCAAAACUUCAAUGCAUCCAGCACCAAAUUGACGUGC